AUGGCGGGGGCCCCGCGCUGGACCUGGCGGCCGGCGGCCCGGGACGCGCUUCUGGCGCGGGCCUUCCACUCGUGCACCGAACUGCGGGGUCGGCUGUAUCUGGUGGGGGGCCUCCUGGCCGGAGGGGCCACGGAGCCGAGCGGCGACACGGUGGUCUGGGACCCGGCGGAGGGCCAGGCCGAGCGGGUGGGGGCGCGGGGCGGCCCGAGGCGCAGCCACCACGACGCGGCGGCGCUGGGCGGGCGCUGGCUCUGCGCGGUGGGCGGCUGGGACGGGUCGCGCCGCGUGGCCACGGUGGCGGCCUUGGACACGGAGCGCGGGGAGUGGGAGACGUGGACCGCGGCCCCCGGCAGCUGCCCUCCUGCCGGCCUCAGCAGUCACACCUGCACCCGCCUCUCGGACCGAGAGCUGCGAGUGGCCGGCCGGGAAGGGGGAACCCGCACUCAGCGUCGCUAUGGAAGCAUCUACUUGUUAAAGCUGGACCCCGGCGCCCGCACCUAUUGCUAUAAGGAAGAGAGCUACCACUCAGUUUCCCGCUCAGGGCACUGUGCUGCCCUGCUCCCAACUCCUGGGCCUCGUCCCGGUCACCAGCUGUUGCUUGUUGGGGGCUGCAGCUCAGCUGAACCAGAAGUAGCCGGGCACUGGAGUUAUGGGAGGAUUAAGGAGGAACCGUCUGUUGCCCCACGUUUGACGGAACAGCUUGCAAAGCUUGUGAGCAGUGGGCAGGGGUCCCCGCAGGGGCCUCGGGGACUACGGCAUCAGUCAUGUUCUGUGGUUGGACCUUUUGCUGUGCUGUUUGGUGGAGAAACUCUAACCAGAGCUAGAGACACCGUCUGCAAUGACCUCUACGUCUGUGAUGCCCGCACGGCUCCCCCUCUGUGGUUCCACUUCCCCUGUGCGGACCGUGCGCUGAAACGUGUGGGCCAUCGGACCUGCCUGUGGAAUGACCAGCUUUACCUGGUUGGAGGUUUUGGUGAGGACGGCAGGACAGCCAGUCCACAGGUUUGCACCCUGGACCUCUUCAUCUAGAGAAUGGUGCCAAGAAACACUGCCGAGCUGUGGUUUG